GCUAAGGCUUUCUUCUAAGAACACUCAUACUAAAGACAACAUGUUGGCCUUUUUCCUCGCUACUAUUGCCCUUGUGGGGGCACAGAAGAAUGGACAAUUUGACCAGCACUACCAGUUUGGAAAUCUCCAUCAACCUAUUGACAAGGCUGUCAUCUUUGACUGUGGAAGCAAUCCGGACCGGGCUAUCCGAAACCCCAAGUUUGUUUUCAGCAGGGACGAUUUGGAGUUGCCUGGAAAUUUCACUAUCAUCGAUGCUGAGGUUGAGGUAGCCAAGCCCGUCCCUAGACCCCUGUACGGUAGGAUAGACGCCUGGAGGACCAUCUUCCUGUUCGGUGGGGCGGCGUCAACUAUUCAGCUGGGCUGCUUCGGUCUCACAGGCAAGGACUUCGGCAUCGGGAGCUGUGACUAUGGUGAACUGUGCGGGUUGCUGGAUCUAAACGCCCCCGUCAAUAACAUCACCGGCGCCCCGACCUGCUGGACCGAGGCAAUAGACCUGGGCAUCCCGGAGGACCAGUGCACGUGCGAGGGGAUCUCUCCUAAGGUCUACAGUCUCAGCAACUGGCAAAAGACGGUGGACCUGACCGACCUGGAGAGCGGUGUUCUCACCUUCCUCGCACAGGGAGACUACGAGCUUAGGUUGACGGCUACGGACGCUAGCGGUGCGGAGCAGGCGUGUAUCGGCAUCAGGGUGCCGGUGAAAGAGUACGAGGAUCCAAACGCCACCGGAGGCUGGCUCUUCGGCAGAAAGAAGCGAUCAGCAAAGUUGCUGUAACUUGUGCACACAAGACUGGGACGUCAGUGAUAACAACUGAAGUGAGCACAAAAGGCACUGACGUCAUCACGAAACAAAAUGGCGUCAUCACAAAAUAUUCUGACGUCGUCAAA